AGCGGGAUUUACUAUGGACACCACCCAGUACAUUUUACCGAUGCAAACCAGCAACUACAAGCGCCUGUACGAACCUGGAAAAAAACCUAUGAAUCCCCAUGAGCUGCGGAUGACAUCUACCCCCCCACCGCGGGAUCACAUUCUUUGGUCCUUUUUCAACUUCAUCCACUGUAAUCCAUGUUGCUUGGGACUCAUCGCCCUUUACUACUCUAUAAAGGCCAGGGACCAGAAGGUGCUGGGCGACCUGGAAGCCGCCCGGGAGCACGGAUCUAAGGCUCGCUCAUUUAAUAUAGCUGCCCUCUGCAUCUCCUUGGUCAUCCUGUUCAUCUUCAUUUUGCUCUUCUGGAUACAGAUUUCCAUACUAAUAAGUAUGCUUGAAGAAUUCAAAAAAGGCCAGAAUCGUGGUUUGAAGGAGAAUCCCUUUCUUCGUGGGCAUUAUUAGGCCUACUUUAAAAUAAAUGAGCUAAUUACAUAGGCCUCUUAUGUGCAGAAUGUUCAUAGAUUCUCAUACGUACCCACUUUUAAAACAAAUAGAUGCUCUGACAAUUUGUUGCAGUAGUUUGGUAUUCCUUUAUAUAACGAUGUGACACUUUAAUAUGGAAACAAAUUCAUUAAAUUUUCACUAUAAAAUCUUUA